AUGUUCUUAGGAGGUACAAACUGGUUUUCAGGUCCUUCCUUUCUGAAAAAAGAUGAAGGAGCACCUCCUCAGGAAAAGAUCUUUGGGCUUGUCGAACCGGACUUGGACACAGAUGUGCGACCGGACAGCGAGGAGCCGUUCUUGGUGGCGGACCUCCAGUCUGUGAUCGAUCGUCACCAGCAGUGGCUGACUCUCCUCCCUCGAGUGAAGCCUUUCUACGCCGUGAAGUGCAACAACACCCCCGCCGUGCUGAGGGUCCUGAGAGCGCUGAGCACCGGGUUCGACUGCGCCAGCAAGCGAGUCCAAACGAUGACCUUUGACAGCGAGGAAGAGCUCAGAAAGAUCUCUCUCUGUCACCCCAAGGCCAGAUUGGUGCUCCGGAUCGCGGUGGAUGACUCCGAUUCGCUGUUGAGACUCAGCGCUAAGUUUGGUGCUGGUCUGGGAUUGGUGGAGAAGCUGCUGGGUCUCGCUGUAGAUCUGGACCUCACAGUGAUUGGCGUCAGCUUCCACGUGGGCAGCGGCUGCACCGGGAGUCAGGCCUUCCAGAAAGCCAUCGCCGACGCACGACAAGUCUUCGACAUCGCCAGUGUGUUGGGCGUUCAGAUAAGUCUCCUGGAUAUCGGCGGUGGGUCGAAUUUCACAUCAAACUGUGAGGAGAGCGGCCCUGGUGGACAGAUGAUGUAUUACAUCAACGAUGGAGUGUAUGGAUCCCUGAGCUGCAUCGUCAACGACCCGGCUCACCCCCCCAUCCAGCUGCUUCCUCACAGGGCCGUGGGGGUCGGCGAGGUGAGGUACUGCUCGGUGGUCUGGGGUCCGACCUGCGACAGCUUUGAUAAAGUGUCGGACAGCGCCAUGAUUCCUGAGCUGCAGGUGGGCGACUGGCUGCUCGUCCACCACAUGGGGGCGUACUCUGUCUCUCUGAGCACCGACUUCAACGGCUUUGAAAGAGCCAAGGUUUUCCCCGUGGUGACGGAGGAGACGAGGCGCCUCUUAGAGCUCCGUCACACCUCAGUGAAGAAACAACCUGGAGACACUUCUGUUGGACAAAAGGAAUAUUGUGCUCUGUAAACUCACUGCAUAUGCUGGCCACUAUGCCUCUCUUCCAAUUCACAGCUUCAUCCCUUCCACCCUUAAUCCCUAAAUCCCUGCACCCAUUCACCCCUCCCUCCUUACGUCUUUCUUCACCCUCCUUCACCCCUCCCUCCUUACGUCUUUCUUCACCCUCCUUCACUCCUCUCUCCUUACGUCUUUCUUCACCCCUCCCUUCCUAGAUCCCUUCACCCUUGUAUGCCUUCACCCCUACAUCCUUUUAUCCCUCCUUCCCUACAUCCCUUCACCUAAUCAUCCCUCCCUUCUUAGAUCCCAUAAACACUUCAUCCCUCCCUUCCUCCCUCCCUUCACUCGUCUUUUCCUUUAAAGACCUUUACCUUGUUCCACAGCCUUUAAAGCUUUCAUUCAUCAAAAAAAUUGAAAAAGGUAAAACAAUAAAUUCCUGAAAAAUG